UUAUCAUGCAUGAUCUCUCUUUACCCCACAGGUUAUUCGCCUACUUUUACUAGAGGACAUGAAAGUCAUCAAGUCAUUGUGUGUGCCAUGCUUCCCUCCACACUAUGACAUUGUCAACAGAUACGUUCAGAUGUACCAUAAGAGCUUGUCCAACCAUCUGGUUGAGAUAGUCGAAAGAGGCCUAGAGGAUAAUGAAUAUGUGACUCUCCUGUCUUGGGUCCUCAAUGUAUAUGGUGGGAAGGAACUCAUGUCUCAUCCCCAGCUGAAUAUUAAUGUGGCAAAACUGGGGCCUUUACUGGAGAAUAAAGUACUAGAGGACCUCAUAUCAAAAUACCUACAGAAUGUCAACAACAACUAUGACUCUUGGAUGGGUCGAGCCCUAGAGUUGGAGGAGAAGGAGUGGUACCGUGAUGAGCCACCUCAGCAAGAUUCCGAGUCUCAUUAUAAGACGGAACUUCCACAGCUAAUUCAUGACAUGAUCCGUCAGAACCUGGAAGUAGCUGGUACCAUAAGUCCUGAGGUGCAAGUUCAAGUCCUGAUAUCAAGCUUGGUGCAAGUUCGUCUCUUUGCAGCCAAAUUCCAGACAGCGGUGACAAGAUACAAGGACACCUAUUACACUGACAGAUCAAAGAUCCAAUACUUCACAACCUAUAACAUUGCUCUGGCCAAUGGCUGUCAGGGAUUAGUGGGCGUGAUGCUUGAUAUUAAGUCUCAGUUUUGGAAGCCAGGGGGAUCGACUCAGACUGAUGCGAAAAUAGCCACUGAAUUUGAUGCUCUGCUGACAGUGUACCAGCGUUUGAGAGAGCUCUUGUGUGAUCAUCUACUUGAAGAGGCACUGGUCGACCUUCAGGAACAGUUUAAUACCCUGUUGACUCCACGCUGGCUUAAUAACACAGAGCCCAUGGACACCAUCUGCCUCACACUCUCUGAUUAUUUCACAGAUUACCAGCACCUGUACCAGAAGAACUUUGAUCAUGUGGUUCAGAUAGCUCUGAAUACUGUUGCAAUGCGCUACACAACUGCCAUUUUGCAAAAGAGAAUAUCGCUGAAGAUUCAGGAGGAUCGUAAGAUGGUUGCUGACAGAAUAAUAGCAGAAGCAGCAAAGUUGUCUAGUGUAUUUGAGCAAGCAGCCCCAGACCUAGCCAAGUUUGACUCACCAUGCGAGGUCAUGAAGAGCUUAGCAGAAGUCAUAAAAGUUUCAGAUGUGGAAUUCCUCGGACUUGAGCUGCAUAGACUGUUAAGGAGGUACCCUGAUAUGACAAGCGACCAUCUCACUGCCCUAUUACUAUUGCGUGGGGACUUGGGCCGUCUAGAUGUGAGACAGCGUGUUGCCGAGAUCAUGGAGGAAAUGAGGACACAGAGAACAGGACCAGCCCCUAAGAGCAUCUUCUCCCACAUUGUCAUUUCCACAUCACUGUUCACUUAAGAGAGGAUUGUAUUGGACUAUUUAUUGGCAUAAACAAGAUGAUAGUUU